AUGAAGUUCUCCGCUGCUCUCUUCACCCUCAUCGCCGCCGCCGGCGUCUCCGCUGCUCCCGCAGAGGAAAAGUCCGUCAACAUGAUGGCCGCCACUCCCCAAUGGACCAUCCGCGACGCCAAGCGCUACUGCCGCUCCGACGACUCCAUCUGCAACUGGAAGUUCGGCAUCGACACCGGCAACGGCAAGCCUCUUGAGUGCCGCCACGACGUCAAGGGCCCCGGUGCCUCCAAGAAGCGCUCCGCUGGUCCUACCACCUGCGGUGACUUCACCGUUACUUCUGGCUGGAGUGAUGUCUUCGGAGCUGACAACGGCUUCACUACUCUCUCUGUCGUCUCCAACUCUAAGCGUCAGAUCAUCUGGCCUGCUUACACCGACAAGCAGCUCGCUGGUGCUAAGAUUGUUAAGCCUGAUCAGUCUUAUGCUCCUGCUUCGCUCCCCAAAUAA